AUGAUGUAUUCAUUCUAUAACACAACAGGAUACAACUACUAUCGGGACUCGUUUCAUUUAACGGAGCGUGAAAUUGCUAUUUUUAAAAGCCUGAAAGGGUUUUCUCCAGGCCCGUACAAUUGUAAUGAGCCAGCAAUUGACAUGAGAACACAUAAUGGCCGUCGUACCAGCCCAACCAACUCAACAAGCUCUUCACAUAUAAAGGAGGAACACAUCUCAGAUUCGGAGGACAAGAACUCAAUAGAUGGGGACAGGCUCAUCUCCAAUGCUGUCGGUUUACAAAUAAAGUGGACAGCAGAGGGGCUAAAAAUGAUUGAUGUACGACAGAGUCCAGACACAGUAGAUCGAGGUCUGGGUAGUGAGCCCUCACUGCCCAGUCCCCACAGCAGUGAAGGUGACCCCCACACAAAUGUCUCCACAACCACCACCAACAAGUCUCCGCCACUGCCACACUUGGAGCUUUCCCACCAUCAUCAUCACCCCUCUUUAGAGACUUCGUCACUCUUAGCCAUGUCUAGUCAGGAGCCAACAUCUUCAGUCUGUCUUUCAGCAAUGUGUGUACCCAAACCCAGCUCCACGGCACCAACCACCAACUUGAAAUGUCUAGUGUGUGGGGACCGAUCAUCUGGGAUACACUACGGAGUGCUGGCCUGUGAGGGGUGCAAGGGAUUUUUCCGACGAGCCCUGCAGGAUAUUGGUGACCCUGCUAGGAAGAGGUGCUACUACAACAAGAACUGUGAGAUCACUGUACUGACUCGCAACAGGUGUCAGUACUGUCGUCUCCAAAAAUGUUUGGCACUAGGAAUGUCAAGAUCAGCUGCAAAGCUUGGAAGACGUUCUCGGAAAAUGCGAGAAAUGAUCCGCAGUAUGGAGGAUACACAAACAGAGCAGGCCCUUCAUGGUCUCCUCAGUCUCAACUCUGACAUAGAACGACAGAUCGCUGCCUCUACUGAAGCAGCAGUUGCUGCAUCCAUGAGUAAUGGCAUCAAUCAGUCCGGACCAAGUCAGACAUCAAUGGCUGCCCUGUCCAUGCUUCUCAAACAGCGUGCCCAGUCUGGCUUCUUAGUAGAUCGUGAUAGGGGCUCUAUAGAGACCAACUGUUCUACUGAGGACAGUAGUGAGAGUCUGCCUCUCAUCAAACAAGAACACCAUGAUUCCAUCGAGAACCGGAAAGAGAUCCAUGACAGAUGUCAGUCUCUGUCACCUGAUGCUGAAUCACCCCAAGUUCACCCUGCCCACUCUGGGAUGACAGAUUCAGCAACGCGGUCGUCAAUUGUCAACUCACUUCUCACACUCCCACAACACAUAGCGUUCCGCUUUCCCCACCCCCACCUGUUGAUGCCUGGGACUAUAGAACCUGGCAAGUCAUAUGAAAAUAAUGUCCCACCUUUUGUAUCAUCGGCCUCAGUCAGCCAGCCUAUUGAUGCCACGAUGAAUGGCCUUUCUGCACACAGCCAGUCACCACUUAGUCAACAGUCAGUUAUCGUACAAAACACCACACUUGAUCUCAGAAAACACAACCGUGGUGACGAGAAAAUACGAAGUCCCAUCAAAAAACGUCCUUACAAUCCAUCUUACAACACGGACAAGGAAAUAGAGGAGGAAGAAGAAGUCUACCGCAAAAUCCAACGCAGAGAUUCAGUAUCCAACGACGUUGGCUCACCUGAUCCCUACCCAUCCAAAAAAUUGGUCAUCGAGACGACAGAGAGACCUUUUCCUUCAUAUAUUCCAAUGCGGGACAAACAGUCAACAAUGGACCACACUGCUGUGGUAGCCCCAAUCGUAAAGAAUGUGAGUCGAAUGGAGGAGGACAUCAAGCUCACAGUCCCAAUGUUAAUCUACAAAAUCCAUGACUCGUUCCUACAGACCUUUACCUUCAUGAAGUCCAAGUUACAGGAGAUGGAGGAGAAGCUGGUGGAAAUGAAGGAGCAUAUUGCCCAGGGCCUAAUGAAGAAAGAACCCAACAUACAGGAUCUCCAGCGCCUUGAAUUCAUCAUGAGGGGCCAAAAUGGUAAAAUGAUAAAACCAGGAGAGCUGUGCUGGGAGGGCUUCCAGAGCUUACUGAACAAAACCAUACAGGACACGGUGACCUUCGCCAAGAAGAUCCCUGGAUUUCCUCACCUGGACCAAGACGACCAGAUCAGUCUCAUCAAGGGAGGCUGUUUUGAGGUAGCGUGUGUAGUGUACUCACAGCUAAUAGACUCGGAAACAAAUAUGAUGUUUGUUCUGGGUAAAAACAUACUCAUCAAACGGGAGGAGAUGAAGAUGGGGUUCCCAUUGGGGGAGCACUUUGUGGAGCUUCUCUUCAACCUUUGUAUGAGGUUCAAUGCCUAUACCCUGUGUGAUGCAGAGAAGGCCCUCUUUAGUGCUCUCGUCCUUAUUUCACCAGAUCGACAAGGCUUAAACAACAGGGAGAAGGUGAGCAAGCUUCAGGAGCUGCUGAUACAAGCUCUUCAGGCCCAGAUUACAGCCAGUCACCCUGACGAGGCAGGACUGUUCCCACGCCUACUGAUGAGCAUCUCCAGUCUGCGUGAACUUGGCGUGGAGCACCGGCGCAUGCUUGAGAAUCUAAAGCAUCAAAUGAGUUUUUCACACGACCUUUAUGCAGAGACCUUUGACCUUCUAACCUGA